GGGUCCUCGUGGCUAAGUAAGUUAGAUAGAAUGAGGCGUGGAAGGUACUUCCAAGUAUGACGCUCCCAACACCGUGGCUGUAAGUCAAUCAAGGACCUAGAGCCAGGUAAUGGCCAGGGUGGCUCGGAUGGUCAGGAAAGGCCCAAGGCCAAGGCCUCUCUUUAGGCCCACUCAGACAAGGGCAUGAUUCAUGUUCACAAGGAAUCUUGAACCAAACCAACCAACUUACUAAGUAAGUUGUACUAUUCCACCGCUCGCAACCUUAUCCAGAUUACAUGCUACUAUCAGCACAACAACCUUGAAGGACACUCCGUCAACUCCCUCGUCGUCGAUCAUUAAUCAAGCCGUCACCCCGCUCUUCCGACCCCUCUCGAUACAGUCGCUACUCUCCCUAUCAAGGGUCAGGACAGAUCUCACCUCCGCUUGAGAUAUCUCCAAGGGAAGCCAUCCCAAUGGCUAGCAAACAAGCGAGCAAGCGUUUGGCGCGCGAGUAUAAGUCCAUCUCUGAAAACCCGCCUCCAUAUAUCUCAGCACACCCAUCAGAGUCUAACAUCCUUGAGUGGCAUUAUAUAAUCACGGGACCUGAAGACACUCCUUACCAUGGGGGCCAAUACUGGGGGACACUGAUCUUCCCGCCCAACUACCCCUUUGCGCCUCCAGCCAUCCGUAUGCACACGCCGUCCGGUCGUUUCCAGCCCUCCACAAGGCUCUGUCUUUCAAUCUCCGACUUCCAUCCGAAAUCCUUCAACCCGGCGUGGGAGGUAUCGACCAUCCUAAUCGGCCUGCUGUCAUUCAUGACAUCGGAGGAGAUGACGACAGGCUCCGUGUCGGCUUCACCACGUGAGCGCAAAAUGUUUGCCGACCGGUCGAGAUGGUGGAACUCAACAGGCGGCGGCUCACAUGCCAAGAACCCAGCGCAAAAAGGCAAUGUCAAGGCCGGUGACGGUGGUGCCAAGUUCCGAUCGGAGUGGGAAAGUUUGGAUAAGGAGAACUGGGCCUGGAUGAAGGAGAAGAACAUCGACACAACGACUGGGGAGUAUAUUCGCACAUCAUGCGGGCCAGCCUUGGGAGCAGCAGGCAGAGGCGGGCAAACGCAGUCAGUAGUCGACACAGUCGUCCAGCAGAGAGAUGCGGGUACAGGGUGGCUGAGUCAGAACCGACUUCUCGUUGCAGGUGGCGUGAUAUUCAUCUACGUGCUGAUUGCUCGGCUCCUAGGCGAGGCGGACGAUAUGUAGGAUUGAUACAGUGUCUGUCUGACACACGGACGAGAAGUUUUCAGCUUGCAGGAACCGAGCUGCCGUGGCUGAAGCUAUUGUUUUCCUCACAAGCUAUAAGGAUUUUCUGCCUCUUACUUUCCUGGGGCAUGCGAAGACGAGACAGUAUGUCGACUUUUUUUGUGCGUCUUUUCUUGUACAAUAUGUUCAGUAGAUCAAGGAACAUGGGUAUAGACAAGCGAAUCAGUAUCUUUAGAGUUAUACUGCGUUCCUGAUAAUCCAGAUAUUCAGUAUGAAUAGGAGCCUGCUCUUCCACAGCUGAUUUUAUCCAAAAGAGGUUGCCUCUUAUCAAACUGUCAGUUGGGCAGCAAAUCAUGUAUAUAAGGGUGCUUCUUUGACAGACUCGUACAAGCCUCUCUCCCCAUCAAACCCCCCCUUGCUUCAGGCGGAGACUUGUCGUCCGAAUGUAGAGAAGAUUGAUGCCUGAUUACAUAUACAUGACACUUUACGCUCAUACAAAGUGCUGAUA